CUUCAGGGAAGUAACUGGGUUUGGUCUAUCGAUGGAUAUGACAAGUUCCAGGCAUUUGGCAUUUACAUCCACGGUGCUAUGGAUACUUUCUCCCGACGCUUGCUUUGGCUAAGGGUUUACAAUAGCAACAAGGACCCGGCGGUGAUCGCUUCUUAUUUUUUUGAUUUCAUAACGGAAGAAAAAGGUACUGCGAGGAUAUUUAUUUUUUGGGUUUUAAAAUCUUCCCGCCCUGAUUUAAUGGCUUUUUUUAGUGUUUCCGGUCAGGACUAGAACGGACUAUGGUGUAGAAGCGUGCAUUCUCGCCCAAUGCCAGAUCUUUCUCAGGAGGCAACAUAGAGACACCUUUGCAUUUGAUAAUGCUCACUACAAUGGUCGUUCAGAACUCAAUCAGGUUAGGCCAGGUACUCCUUUGAGUACUCGAAUAAGCCCUCGCUCAUUAAUUUCACUUGAUUGACACGAUGCGAUGAUCUUUUAUCUCCUCUUAGACAAUCGAGGGAUGUUACUAAAACGGGGAACGGGGAGCAGGGAACGGGGAACGGAAGUCUGGGAACGAGUUGUCAGCGGAAACCUCCAUAAAAAUCCAAUAUGGCCGAUGAUCGAUGAUAGAGAACCGUCGAAACAAACUUAACCGAUAACGGCGUUAUUUUACUUGAACUAUAUGCUCAUGAGGUGCUUGAAAUAAUUACGGAGGUAAUAACUUCAUGACGUUUUUCACCUCUUUGCGUUUUACUAAACAAUUAUCCGUAGGAAACAAAAUAUGCUCCAACAGCAGUUGAAAGAAGCCAAUCGGGACAAAAAGUCUCAAAGCACAUGUACAGCCAUAUUUGGAACUCAAGCGAAUCUAUACUGAGUCUAGCCCACAAAGCAAUGAACUACUUUUCCAUGAUAGAUAACAUACAUCGAAGUAGUCAAGUAGCUUGUGUGCAGUUUUCUUGUAUUUCCUUUGAUAGAGAUGACUGCUUUGAAAAAUGUUAUUGACCAGGUCAUCACAUAAUUAGUGAGACUACUUUAACAAUCUGGUUCUGCUUUUAAUAUUAUUAGAUCUACUACACUGCAAGCAUUCACGAUAUUGGAGUGUUUCACUGAUCCAUGAAAAUAAAAUAAUAUCAGUUUAUUAUUUUGUGAAACAAUUUGUUUCAGGUCAGUUUGCCCAGUAUAGACCUGUAUAAUGACCCUAAUGAAACCUAAUUCACUCAUUUUCCUCACCCUAAUCAGUAACUGCUUCAAAGUCGUACAGUGGCCAUUUGUCUUUCUGCGAAAUACCCUGACGACCCUUUCCUGAAUCAAAACCAUUGGAUUGCAUUGAAUGCAACAUUCUCACUCACUGCAGAUCCUCAAUUAACCCCCGCCCCCUAAGAAUGAGAUCCCAAACCUCUCCAUUUUGAAGAAAAAUGUUGUAAAAUAAUCAAAGUACCUCUUCAUGGGCACGAAACGUUUGGUGCAAUUCAUACCAUACAAUAUCGCUGUAUCAAGUACUGUUCUCGGUGCAGGAGGAGGGGGUACUAUAAUGGCCUAAACAGAGCCUGAAGCCUUAUUCAGGCUUCAGGUACAUGAAAGGGAAGGGGUUUUUAUAGUUGAAGUAUAUGAAAGGGACCAAAAUGAGAUCAGUCACAGAUGCAUUUUAUGGAUGUGAGAGACAAGAAAACCUGUUUUAGCUAUUUAUUCAUAUUGUAAAGAUGAUGUAUUUACAGCAGUUAAAAAGGGAUGCAGCAUUCUAAAUUAGGUAUGUGAAAGGGGUACCAUUUGUCACUAGAGGGUAUACAAAAGGGGUACCUUUUCUGUCUAAAAUGGUACAUACAAAGGGUAAAGGGUUGGUCCCUGGGGCAGAGCCUCUUUGGUGAGUACCCCCCCCCUCCCCUCUGGGUUACUGUUACUCUAGUCUGAUUCUUCUCUUUAAUUUCUUUGAUACUGUGCUUAAAUUAAAUGAAUUAAAAUUCAUUUAAAAGCUUCUUGCCCCUUUUUUGAAAACCCCAAUAUGUUAAAAGAAAUUAUGUCCCCUGGUGGGGAAAUAAAAUCAGGGAAAAUGGGUAGCAAGAUCUAUUGUGUUAUUUUACAUGCAUUGAGUAAGCAUAAUGUGGCCACUAUACACAUACAGUUCUUGUGCGUGUUUACUGAAAAACAUAUCGGUACUCCAAUCUUUUGCCUCCCAUCACUUGUGUGAGACCUUAGACUCUUUAUUUCCAAAACUACAGACAGCUUGCUUGAAGGCUUAUCAACCACCUUCUAAUAAACUGCCAACCUCUGCAACAUUGAUGAUGUGAUGCUUGAUGGUAGGUGCACUGCAAUAUUGCUGAAUCAAGCUAAUAAAGCAGCUUGACAAUAUUAACUGGUUUAAGUCACUGAUACAUUCAGUUUUACACUGAGCUUGAAAUAUUUUUCUCCACAGUAAAAAUAAUGUUCAUUAAAGAGAAGCAGAGCUCCCCUCUGCAAAAACAUUAAAGGAGUCCCCCUAGAAAAAAAACAAAGCAUCCAGAGGGCUAAACAGAGGAAGUAUACUUAAAACGCAUAUUUUAACAGCUAGCCUUUAGAAAGUACCUUCUAACCAAAGACUUUAAAGUACUUCCCCCACGUAUACUUGCAACACUUAAUAUUGCAGCUCAGUUGUGGUUCACUUUUAUCCUAAGUUUGAAUUUUAUUCUCUUUGUUUUGAACUCAUAAUCAUAAAAUUCAUAUUACCCUACCCCCAAACAAAGGGAAGCAAAAUUUACACCUAGGUUAUAAUAAAAUAAAACCACAGCAUAGCCAUUUGCUUUGAAACAACUGGCAUCUUUAAGACCAAGGUAUGAUUGAUGUUCCUGGCACAUUGCCCGUUAAUAUGUUUAAAGUUGCCUUUUAUUGAUGUAUUAAAUAACCUGAUCCAUCUUAUCUUUUCAAAUAAUACAAUUGCACUUACUUCUCAUCAUAGGUUUGUAAAUAUAAUAUUAUUAGACUUACAGUUUUAUCUCAUCGCCAACAUGUUUUAAUUUGGGCUUGAAAAAACGCUACAGCUAGGAAGGAGCUCCGCUGCUACACUAUUACUGUCGAGGAAAUACACCUGGCUGCUUCGAUCUAAGUUAUCUUUCAGCAUGUAUUUAAGCCAAAACCGUACUAAAAGCGUCAAGCAAAAGUAUUUCAUAGCUUUGUGAGUGAGACCCAGUAUAGAUUCGCUUGAGUUCCAAAUAUGGCUGUGCUUUGAGAGUUUUUGUCCCGACUGUAGCUCCUUUCAACUGCUGUUGAAGCAUAUUUUGUUGUUUAGUAAAACGCAGAAAGGUGCAAAAUGUCAUGACAUUAUUACCUCCGUAUUAUUUCAAGCACCUCAUGAGCAUAUAGUUCAUUAGUAAAAUAGCGACCUUAAGUGUUGUUUCGACGCUUCUCUAUCAUCGAUCUUACCGGGUUCUUGAUCCUUACCGGCCAUUUUGGAUUUUUAUGGAGGUUUCCGCUGACAACUCGUUCCCAGACUUCCGUUCCCUGUUCCCCGCUCCCCGCUCCCCGUUCCCCGUUUUAGUAACAUCCGACAAUCGAGGCUUGGUGGUCUCGUCAGCGCCGUUACAACUCACAGUACUGGCUCGAUGAACUUCAAGUAAGAAAUGUUUGAAGUGACUGUGCACUGACAACUAGUAAUUGUAUUUGUGCCGCAGUAUUACUGUAUCAAAGUUAAAACUGAAUCAUAUUUUUUUUCUCAGACACUUCGAGAGAGUGGCCUUUGGGAGCGCGAUGAUGUUAUUGACCGGUAAGUUAAGGACCCACAGCAAGAAUGAGUCUAGUCAUCCUUGCUGCAGUUAAUAAUGUUGACUUGCGUUGUGUUUCUGGAAGAACGAACUAGCCAUGAUUAGUAUUACAUGCACCUUCCACAACUGUUGUUUUUUCUCAGUGCACCUCCUGUCUAUUCAUAGAUGGAUAUUGCUGUACGUAUACAUUCCACGACUGGAAACGGAAUUGGCGGAUUUAAAAAUGGCGUACAAUGCCCACAAAAUCAGAAAACAGAAGGGAAAACUCAGACCGGAUGGCGUACCAGAUGACAUGUACUACUUCCCAGAGCGAUUUGGUAAGUAAUAGGCCUUUAGAUAGAUAAGUCAUGCAUCCACGGUCAAAGUAUUCACAAAGUAUGCGAAAGGCUCUGUAAAGUACAUUGUAAUUGAUAUAUAUUAAUAUCAAUAAUAUCAAUAUCAUUUUGUUUUGAAGGUGGUCAGGAAGAAGGUUUUGUGCCAUCAGAUAAUGACCUGCAACGGAUUGCCACACAGCAUGGCCUGGGAAGGCCUCUUCCCGACUAUAUUCCAGAUGAAGUACGAACCGUGAGCAGCAAUUGGUGCAGAAGUCAUGGGGUCACUGUUACAGUUGCAAAUGCAGCUACUGUGUAUCAACAUUUAAGACAAUAUGUUAAAGAUAAGAUAAGAUAA